UGCAUAGCAAUGUUAGCUAUCCUGAAAUGUUGAAGCAUCAUGUGCACGAUGUAGAUCUGAUCCAAAAAAUGCAUCUUGUGUACGUGUUUGCCUCCAAUGAUUGAGACAUGACAGGCUUAUACACUAUUUAGAUGCCUGAAUCAAUAAAUUAUCCAAAAGAAAAUAAUCGUCCUGUCGUAGAGAUGGGCAGCAAAGUCACAAGCAACUCAACCGGCAAGAUUCUUCUUGUCUGCUGAUUCACGUGUGUGAUGGUUCUACUUCUUUCAUUAUAUAUAGAGAGACACCAUUAGAACACCAUACCCUUACCUUCUUCUCUAGAAGGAAGAUAGCACUGCAGUUUUUGCUGCAAGAAUGGCUUACCAUCUAAGAUCUCCAAGUGCGCUUUCUAGCCCUUAUAUAUCCAGAGACACCAUUAGAGCACCAUACCCUUCCCUUCUCUAAAAGGAAGACAGCACUGCAGUUUUUGCUCCAAGAGUGGCUUCAAGAUCUGCAAGUGCACUUUCUAGCAGUUGCUCUCGCUCCAAUGAAAUCAGUGUUGAGGACCAGUUGCAGAGCACAAGGAAACUGUAUCUUCAGCCUCUUCAACCAUUGCAACAAUUUACGUGUUUUGGAGAGGUUUGGAAGCAUGUUCAACGGCAUUGAGGAGACUAUGUCCUUGCCUAGCAGCCAAGUCAACCCUCGCCAAUCUAAGAAAAGGAAAGCAGCGGAGGACGAGCACUCUUUUCUGCUACUCGAUCUUUGCAGCGCCAUGCGUGCGAGAGAGCACCUCAGGUAUUAAGGUGGGUGGCCAUGAAAAACAAUUGGUUGUAAAAAGAGGAGAAAACGCAGAAAUUGAAUCCAACAUUCAGUUUCAGUCCUAUAUCCGCUUUGCAAAGAAGAUCCAGAAGCAGUUCAAGAAGAUCAGUGAACAGUCUACUUCAGCCAACCAGGAGAGCUGCAGGAUAGUCAAGCGGGUGAAACUAGAGACACUGAUAGCUCAAAUCGCCAGCCCUACUCACAUAUCAUAUUGAAUUUAAUUGCAGUGCAAAGUUCUAGAGUGGUCUCUCAUCCUCCAUAAGACAUUCCAGGAGAGCAGAGUUCCAUGUGAAGUGGAGCAAUUAGAGGUCUUGGAGAUAGAAAUUGUUGAUCUGGAGGCUUUGUUCACAAAGCUGAUCCAAAGCACAUUUUCCCUUCUCAACACUGUCAGCUUGAAGAUAGUCGUAUCAACUCUGAGCCUGUCACAUCUGAUUUGAGGAUUAGCUGAUCACUCUAUAUAAGAAGAAUUGUACAACAAAACUGUCAUUUUUUUCCAAAUUAGGGUCUCCUUUCCAUCACUGAAUGCAAAAGUCAAUUGAAAAAAAACAUUUUGGAUGUGCGUGCGCGAGUGUGAUACAAUGACCCAAAUAAGCAUUUGUUCAGAUUUUUUUAAAUGCUACUCCAAAGAUGCUUGACAUCAGUGAUUGUUAUUAAAGUAGUUAGGGCGCACUGUCCAAGUUGAUAUUUGCAUGGCUUUAUUAUGAGAUGGCCACGUUGCUCAGAUGCAACAUGUUGCCUCUGCAACAAGCAGCAGAUCCUUGUCCAGUGGAUCUGGCUAUCUACAGCCAAAGCAAGCCAGCUCCAACACACGAAGUGGAGCGUGUAAGUAGCAUGAGCUGUGCAGAAUAAAAUACCUGCUGGCAUUGGCGAUUGUGCAACUACGUAACACGCACUUCACCAGUAAUAUUGGGUUAGAGAUCAAUAAACUAAUCCGUGGAGCAUGCAAUUGCGUCAAGAUUGGCCAGUAGAGUAACUAAUCUGUUGAUUCUUGUUGCCAAUAGUUGGAGCAUCACAAUGUGAUAGAUCACUGGGAGAAUAGCUGGCACACUAAAAAAUUGAUAAACACACGCGUGAUGAAGGAAACAGAUUCCUUAUGCUGCUGCCAGAUCUCAAACCUUGAUAGACAACACUGAGGAGAUCAAGAUGGCAGGAUUCUCUUUGUCUACCCUUCAAAAGAUGCUGACUCAUACCCUCGCUCUAUAAAAUAGGUCUUGGCAAAGGCUUGACUCGUCAAGAAAAAAAUUUCACCAAUAAUACACGGUUAGCAAUCACUAAACUAAUCCGAUGAGCAUGCAAUAGUGCCAAGAAUGCUGAGUAGAAUAACUAACCUGUUGAUUCUUGUUGCCAAUAGUUGGAGCAUGACAAUGUGAUAGAUCACUGGGGCAAUAGCUGGCACAGUAAAAAAUUAAUAAACACACGCGUGAUGGAGGAAACAGAUUCCUUAUGCUGCUGCCAGAUCUAAAAACUUGAUAGACAGCAUUGAGAAGAUGAAAUGGCAGGAUUCCUUUUGUCUACCCAUCAAAAGAUGCUGCCUCAUACCCUCUUCUCUCUAUAAAUAGGUCUCGACAGAGACUUGAUUCAUCAGGCAAAAAAAUCGCUUCUCAUUUCUUCCACCUCAUUUCAAUACCAAAAAAGUUUAAGCCAGAGACUAUACAUCGAUAUGGCUUCCCAUCUUAGGUCGAUAAGCUUGCCGUCUAGGCUUCACUCCAGCGAAGCUGUAGUGCAACAAGAGCUGUGCAUCCUAGAGGCAGUGAUCUCCUCACCUUCCACAUGUAUCGUCACAAUGUGUGAAAGUUUGAGGAGGCUUGGAGACAUCUACAGCAAUGUUGAAGAGAUGACUCACUUGCCAAGCAACCAAGUUUGCUCUUCCCAGCAAAGGAAAAUGUUGGAUGCAGAAAUCGAAUCUUCUCUCGAGCUGCUGGAUCUCUGCAACACCAUGCAAGAGAUCUUUGUUGAGUUGAAGGCCAUUAUCCAAGAUCUGCAAGUGGCUCUAAGAAAAGGAGAUGAUGCCACCGUUCAAGCCAAGAUCCAGUCUUAUAGCCGCUUGGUGAAGAAGGCUAAACAAUCUUUCAAGAAGGCAUGCAAGAAGGUCACUCCUGCCAGCACAGAUUGUGCAAUUAUCAGGCUACUGACCAAGGCUAGGGAGAUCACCAUCUCUCUACUUGAGUCGACGCUGCAGCUCUUGUCGAAGCAAAUCGAAAUGCCUAAGCAGUCGCUUGUCUCGAAGGCAUUUUCCAAGAGAAAAGCAGCUGUUUGCGAGGAGGACCAGUUACAGGUGUUAGAGUCCAGCAUUGGAGAUCUUGAGAGCGGAGCAGGACACCUGUUCAGGAUAUUGGUCCAGAGCAGGGUUUCUCUCCUAAACAUCCUUAGCUCAUAGAUACUCCUUUGUUGCCUUUUGACAUCCUGUGAUUGGCAUCCGUGUUUUUGGGGAUUAGCUGAUCAAUUUUGUAAUAUGUAUAUAGUACAAAUACAUGUACAGGAAAAAAAUCAGAAAGGAAGAAAGGCAUAUAAGUUUGAUCCAUUUCAUGUU